AUGAUUAACUAUUUUGAAAAUAUUGUUGACGAAGUGAAGAUAAAUUUCUUCAAAAAUGUUGAAAAUCCUAUUAAUUUGGCAUUAUCAAGUCGAUCAUGGGCUCGCAUUGCCGAAGAUCCAUUAGGACCCUCUUUUAUCGAUGUAGCCGUUUGCCAAGAUUUGUUUGCAAGAAAAGUUAUAAUAUCAAGAUACUUCAUCCAAAGGUUACUCAUGCAUUUUGGAAGUAAUCUGCCUAUAUCCGUAUUUACCUAUUUGUUAGAAAUUGGCUUUAAACAAUUAGCAAAGGAAAUGCCUUUAAAAGGCAAUGAUAUGGAAUUGUUUCACUUCCUUUCCGCAGGACCUCACGUAAUAAAUUAUGCCCCUGGAAUGUUAAGAAAGAAUUUAAAAAAUAUCGAAGAAUUAAUUUUAGUUCAUAUGUUUAUUCCAUUUCCGCCUAGACCAAAAUUACAAUUAGACUUAAACAGCGAUCCUCACAUCCAUCAACCACCCAUCCCAGAAGAAUACCCCCCAAAAGAUGGUUUUGAAAACAAUAGACAACUUAAUGUAAUAGCGAGAGCAAUCCUUAUUCACCCUGAUCUAGUCAAUUUGUGGAAAGAAAUUGGAUAUAGUGAUAUAUGCAAUGAUGUCAAUGAUUUGGUUAUGCAAGGGGCGCUACUCAUUCUCUUCCCACCAACUCCUGCCUCAGAUUGGAAUUGUCCAACCGUUUCAAUAGUAAUUGCACGCUUAAAAGAAUUAAUCAAAUUGGGCUUUCAAUUGAAAUAUAUUGUUAUUGUCGACGCACUUCAUAUGUUCGAGCACCGUUUGGACGAAAUCGGAGAUAUUCUUUGGGAUGCAUUCC